UUCGGGCCUCAUAGAGCGUCCCUUCAGCACCCUGGACAGGGCUCACCAUUUGGACGAGGCCAGUAGGGUAUUAUUAUGCUAAGAGGCACACUGGUGGCAAUCAGAGGUCACCUGACGCCUGCCUCCUAAGUCCGUCCUCUCCCUGCUCAUCUCCAAAACACUAAUCUGUGGCAGUUCAGCCGGGGAGCAGCAUCCGGGGCAGGUGGGACUUCUCUCUCCUCUCUCUCCGCAACCGUCGUCCAACUCCGGAGAACUCGGAAACCUUUUUUUUUUUUCCUUAGUUAAAGUCCCAAUUUGCUCCGCGAGGAUCCGUUUGCAGCAACCGAUACCCGAGGCUCCUAUUUAGUUUCAGCAGCCUAGAUAAGACCUUCCCCCGGGGGCUCUUAAAGAUAUAGGGGAUGUCGUAUCUGGCAGAACCGGUGCCACUAGUUUAGCCGUCGAUAGCACGUUGGCAGAUUCCCCCGUUUUAUUUUUUGGUGUAAAAGAAUUGGCGAAUCCUUGAGCUUUGGCGUAAACCAUGCUUCUCGAGAGAGUAAGGAGCGGCACUCAGAAGUCGUCGGACAUGUGCGGAUACACCGGCAGCCCAGAAAUCCCUCUGUGCGCGGGCUGCAAUCAGCACAUUGUAGAUCGUUUCAUCCUAAAGGUUCUGGACAGGCACUGGCACAGCAAAUGCUUAAAAUGUAACGACUGUCAGAUCCAACUGGCGGAGAAAUGUUUCAGCAGAGGGGACAGCGUGUACUGUAAAGACGACUUUUUCAAGAGAUUUGGGACCAAAUGUGCAGCCUGCCAACAAGGGAUCCCCCCCACCCAGGUGGUGAGGAGGGCGCAGGAGUUUGUGUAUCACCUUCACUGCUUCGCUUGCAUUGUGUGCAAAAGGCAGCUGGCCACCGGGGACGAGUUCUACCUGAUGGAGGACAGCCGGCUGGUGUGCAAGGGGGACUAUGAGACGGCAAAACAGAGAGAGGCAGAAUCAACUGCAAAGAGGCCAAGAACCACAAUCACGGCAAAACAGUUGGAAACUCUGAAAAAUGCCUACAACAAUUCUCCAAAGCCUGCCAGACAUGUCCGAGAGCAGCUUUCCUCCGAGACUGGCCUGGAUAUGAGGGUGGUACAGGUUUGGUUCCAGAACAGACGAGCGAAAGAAAAGCGAUUAAAGAAAGACGCGGGGAGACAGAGGUGGGGUCAGUAUUUCCGGAACAUGAAGAGGUCGAGGGGGAAUUCUAAAUCGGACAAGGACAGUAUUCAGGAGGAAGGCCCUGACAGUGAUGCUGAAGUCUCAUUCACAGAUGAACCCUCGAUGUCUGAAAUGAAUCACUCCAAUGGGAUUUAUAACAGCAUGAAUGAUACGUCUCCUGUUUUGGGCAGACAAGCUGGAAGCAAUGGUCCUUUUUCCCUAGAACACGGUGGAAUCCCUACUCAGGAUCAAUAUCACAAUCUGAGGUCCAACAGUCCAUACGGAAUUCCUCAGUCCCCUGCGUCGCUCCAGUCUAUGCCAGGUCACCAGUCUUUGCUCUCAAACUUGGCAUUCCCAGACACUGGCUUGGGAAUAAUAGGUCAAGGAGGACAAGGAGUCACCCCGGCCAUGAGAGUAAUAGGGGCAAAUGGACCAAGUUCCGACCUUUCCACCGGCAGCAGUGGCGGAUAUCCAGAUUUUCCUGCAAGUCCGGCCUCUUGGUUGGAUGAGGUCGACCACACUCAGUUUUGAUAAAGACUUCUAUGACCCCACGCAUUUUGUGCAUUAAAGGCAGAUGGAAAUAUUUUGUUACAACAGAUGACAAACACCAGGAGAACGUGUUAUAAAGGCACAGAUAAUACGGUGAUUUCGAGAACUGGACGUCGCCCAUUGCUUAUAAACUUGUACUCAGUUUUGCUGAUGCUUCCCUACAUUACAUAAGCCCACAAGUGAAAGUCUUCUAGUUGCCCGUACGCCAUCUCCGAUACUGGUUUUACUCGUCUUCUCUGCUACUGGCCAGGCCUAACUGCUCUUUCAUUGAUAUUUUUCCCAUAAGACACAAUCAGAGAGAAGCUGUAGACUCAUUUAGAAAUUACUUUUUAUUCAUAGUAACAUAGUAAGUUAGGUUGAAAAAAGGCGUACGUCCAUCACGUUGAACCAUAAUGC